AUAAACUGCACCAUAAUAAAUAGAAAAAAGUAAGGGGGAAAGGCAAAUCGUUCAUUGGGCGAGAGGAAAAGGGAAUAAGAAGGGAUGAUGCAUCGACUGCUGACUUCACAGGCGCUAGCGCCGAUCGGCGAUGUCGUCAGUCGUCACUGGUAAUGGCAAGAAGUGGUGACAGUUAGCGACUGUUCGUCGAUCCGAACGGAUGGAGUGUAUUUUUAUCACAUUCAAAGUGUUCUAGUUCAGUGCACACUUUCUUCUCUUUUUCCUGUCACUUUUGUGAAAAUACAGCACCGACGUGUCGCAAUAGUCCGAAAAAAAACCACAAAGAUGAGUGAAAAAACUGCAGAGCACAUUGUAAUGACACCAAAAUGCAAGACAUCGAAUUCCACAACACUGAUAAUAGAGAGGCAAACCUUGGAGCCUCCGGCAGAGAAUGGAAACGAGAACAAUGUUCACAUUGCCGGUGGCGAUCAUAAAGGAAUUGUCAUCAACAAACAGGCUGUGGCUGUAACGAAUGGAGAAGUAUGCCCUGCCCAGCUCUGUCUACAAUUCAGAGUGUUUUUGGUAAGCGCACAAACUGGAAAACACACACAGGAACAAAGAACUCUUCAAUUCUGGUUCGCUGAUACACUCUCUGAAAUGGAACACCCAAGCAUUGCGCAAGAAUUUUUCAGAGAACUUGUCACUCCGCAAGAGUUUCCUAGAGAUUAUGUAGGAUUUAUAAAAAAAAUAAUGAAAUUGAUGCAACAUAAAUAUCCCAGUAUUAAAAAAUUGGAAAUAGAAUUGAGACAAUUAGAAGAACCAAUCACACUUCCCAGCAGACCAUCUACUGGUCACUUACUAUUCACACUUCCUCCCUCUGAGAAAGUUGUAUGGACAUCAGUAUCUGCAGACGAAACCAGCAUGGGUCAAGUAAUUGAACUAACAGUAGAAAAAGUUCUGGAGCUCAUCGAAUCUGCCUAUCCGAACCCGGUAACUGUGAUUGAUAUAUCAAAGGAACAUGGAUGGGAACCAUUAGAUGUGGAGGCUAAGUUAAAAGAACUUCAAGAAAAAGGGCUUAUUAAAGCAAUGGAUCAUGGGGCUUUCACACGUGUUGUUCAUGAAGAUACUCAAGUCCAAGUAGUGAAGCAGAUGCCAACAAUGGCAAGUGCAAAACAGCCUACUAUAGCUAUCAUUACAGCUCAGUAUUGUGAGAAACUUGCUGUGGAUUCAAUGAUUGAAAACAAGGAAACCUUCGUUCGUUACACUACUGUUGGUACCGCAAGCUCACCAGAUACGACAGAUGGAGUUCCGCGAGUGAUAUGCCGUUUUGGGGAAUCAAACAUUUAUACUUUGGGCAAUAUCGGUGCACAUAGGAUCGUAUGUACUAAAUUGCCAACUGUGGGCCACACCAGGGAAGCAAUGACCGCAGCUGGCAAUACUACUACUAGAUUAUUAGGUACAUUCCAAAAGGUGGAUUUUGUUUUUCUCGUUGGAGUUGGUGGUGGUGUUCCUCACUAUACAGAUUACAAUAAACACGUGCGUCUAGGUGACGUAGUGAUAUCGCAUCCAACACCGUAUAAUAACAAAUAUACAUACGUUUAUUGCGAAAGUGCCAAGAUGAACGAAAAUGGGAAUUAUCAUUUCGAGACCAAAGAAUAUUGCCCGCCAAAUCUCGGGCUUCAAGAAAUCGCAGCAACCCUUAAAAAAGAGGCUGAAAACGAUGCAUUUCCGCCAUGGCAGACAUAUACAAAGGAAGGUUUGGAGAAUCUAAUCAAUCAGUCGGAACAUGAUUUUAAUGCACCACCACCAGAAUCCGAUAAACUAUAUAUGGCUAUUGGAGAAAGAGAUGUCAUCGAAGUAUCUCAUCCAACUGCACCACAGGAUUCCAUAAAUAAGAGAACUGAUGGAUGUUCUCGAAUUCAUCUAGCACCAGUGGCAUCUGGUCGACAAAUCGCACGAGAUGAUCAACUUAGACAAAAGUUUGCAAGUCGAUUUGGCGCACUCGCAUUUGACGCGGAAAUGGAUGCCGUAGUAGAGAGUAUCUUAGGUAAUUGUCGUGAAAAUUUUGUCGUAAUUCGCGGAAUUGCUGAUUAUAAAGAUGGUACUCGAAUCAAAGAAUGGCAACCUUAUGCAGCAUUAACGGCAGCCAGUGUAAUGAAAGCUAUAAUCUGUGCUAUGGAUCCACCGACCAAUGAUUAAUGUCGCUCUUUCAUGUAGAUUUUACAUAGCGUACAAUGCAACAUGCAUAAUUUUUCAUAGAAUGAAUAAGUUUAAAAUCGAAAUGACUGAUAAGUAUUGCACAAAGUGUGCAAAAAUAAUAAGUAGUUGACUUCGAUAGGCUUCUCACUCGCAAAGUAGAUUUCGCAACAAUGCUUUAUCUUAUAAUUUAUGUGCCACUUAAAUCUUUUAUAGAUUUUCGGAUUAGUGCCAUUUUUACAAACAUUUAAUUGACAGCAUUUGUUAAGAAGUAUCUUCCUACAAUAACAUUAUUGAUGUUGAAACCUAAAUUAGUCAAGCAUUUUUAAAAAUAUCGAGAAGAAUAUUCGGUUAUUACAUUGAUCACAUAUUAUUUAAUUUCUUGUUGAUGUACUAAAAACAAGAAUAGUGCCAUGUUGCAUAAUAAGUUAUGAGACGAAAGGAUUUCUGAUAAAACUUAUGUAUAUUCAUAUUAGAUAUGUUAAACGAUGUUAUAUCAACAUAUUUAUAUUUUUGGUUUGAAUACUAAAUCAAUGACACUUCUAAAAAGAUUCUCUAGAUAGAUGAAUUUAGUAUCUUUGCUUAAUUUAGCAAGGUAGUUGCAUUUAUAUUUAUUAUGAUUACAAUAAUGAAGCAACUGCAUCAAAUUUAAAUGAAAUUCUAGGAUACUAAUAUUUAUUCUAUUCUCAAGGUAGACUGAUGAAAAAAAUUUAGUAAAGAUUCAGUUUAACUUAAUUUUACAGAAUAGCUAUUCAUAUUUGCUACAAGUAAAAUUAUCAAAUACACCAGAUCCAAAUGAGAUAUAGGAUACCAAUUAAACAAGUUAUUAAACAAAUAAACUGUUCUAGCACUAGGUAUAACUGGCAACUGAAAGUAUAAUUAACAGUAUUUAUCAAAUCAGAAUCAAAUUGUUGUUACAAUAUUGCUGGAAUUAUACUACAUGUUUAUCAGAGUAUAUAAUAGAGUAUAUAUAUAU